UUGUAAAAAAAAAAAAAAAAAAAAAAAAAGGUCCUUACUUUUUAAUUUGGGCGGCGCCCAAAUACGGUCAGCGCUGUCGAAAACGGUCUAGAAUAGCCCCUGUAUAUAUAUAUGUAUGUAUAUAUAUAUUUAUGUGUGUGUGUUUGCGUGUGUUUCUCUAACUUUUUAUAUAUUUUUAGUCAUUUUUUUUACAUAAAUAAAAUGAGUUCCCAAAGUAGAAAGAGAACGCAAUUAAUUCAGCAAUAUGCUCGAAGAAAGACAAUUAAAUUAGCGCAUUUAGUUAAUGUCCCAAGUAAAUAUGUUGAAAAUGUUGAAGUUGAUAGCUCUGAUUGCUUAAAGAAAAACUCAUCAGUUAGCGAGCUUAUAUAUCCAAAUUCAUAUGAACUUUACAAUGAAAACUCCUGUGUUUCAUCAAGAAGUGAUUGUUUAUCUUCAUAUGAAGAAUUUGAAAGUAUUCUGGAUUUUAGCUGUUUAGACAGAGUGAACUUAAUAGAAGGGAAAUCCAUCAAUUCAGCUGAAAGACUUUUUAAACUUAUCAGCGAUAGUAAAAGCAGUAAUGAUGAAAGUAGUGUAGAUAUUUUACCAACACUUAGAGAAGACCUUGCCCAAUGGGCUGUUAAAUGUUCAGUGCCUUUAACAACCGUAACUGCAUUGUUAAAAAUUUUACGUAAUCACCAAUGUUUAGAUAUUCCAACACAAGCUACCACGCUAUUAAAAAACCCUCGCAAAUCAGAUAUUACUAAAAAGUCAGGUGGUGAAUAUACCUACUUUGGGAUAAAAGAUGGUGUUUUGAGAUCUAUUGUUACCAAUAAUUUAGACUUUGUAGAGUUAGUAUUCAACAUUGAUGGCCUGCCAAUCCAUAAAAGUACUAAUAUGACUCUCUGGCCAAUUCAGUGUCGUGUUGACAAUAUUGAUAAACCCAGUCCAUUUGUUGUAGCGUUGUUUUGUGGUUUACAGAAGCCUGAUAGUUUAGAAUUCUUGGAAGACUUCACGAUAGAGUUAAAAAACCUUAUGGCAAACGGUAUUAUAGAUAAUAAUGGAAAAAUAAUACAGGUUAAGACAAAAUAUUUUAUUUGUGAUGCACCAGCAAAAGCUCUAAUUAAAGGCACUGUCCAUUAUAAUGGUCGUUAUGGAUGCGAUUAUUGUGAUGUGGAAGGAACCUAUGAUGGUCGAAUGAUGUUUUUGUGCACUGGUACUCAACGUACCGAUAAAACAUUUAGAGAAAAAACUCAGAAAAAACAUCACAAGUACAUCAGUGUCUUGGAAUUACUUGAAGUAGAUAUGGUGCAGCAGUUCCCUCCCGACGUAAUGCAUUGUGUGGAUCUUGGUUGCACUAAAAAAUUACUUUUAAUCUGGAAAGAAGGACCUAUUCCUCUUCGAUUGUCAUCUGGACAAAUUAAUUUACUAAAUUUUUACUUAUGUUCUUUAAAAGAAUACAUUCCUAUAGAGUUCAAUCGUAAGCCAAGAAGUCUGAAAGAUCUUAAGUUAUGGAAAGCCUCUGAAUUCAGGACUUUUCUUUUAUAUUGUGGGCCAGUUGUAUUGAAAUAUAUACUUUGCAAAGAAAAAUACACUCAUUUUCUUAGUUUAAGUGUAGGUCUUCGUAUAUUGUACAGCAAAGCUUUAGUUGCUCAAUAUAAAGAUUAUGCUCAUGAACUUCUUUGUUGCUUUGUGAACAACACCAGGGUGUUCUACUCUGAUCACCUAUUAACGUACAACUUUCAUUGUUUAAAUCAUUUAGCUUUUACAGCAGAAAAACAUGGUUGUUUAGAUGGUGUGACAGCCUAUUCGUUUGAAAAUAAUAUGUCAGCUAUUAAAAGAAUGAUACGGGGUCCUUCUCAAGUAAUAGCUCAGGUUGCUCGUCGACUUACAGAAGUUAUCAUUAGCGAGUCUGCAAAAAAAGCACCAGCAGAAAUUGAAAAAAAAUGCAAUUUUAAUCCAAAGACUAAUGAAUGCUAUUGUCUAAAUAGUGGAAGAUUUUGUGUUAUUAGCUUAAUAAAUAAAAAUUCUAAAACUGCACUAAUUCAAGUCUAUACUAAAACACAAAAUUUUUUCAGUUCUCCUUGUGAUUCUAAACGUGUGGGUAUUUACCUGGUGAAUAACCAUCAUACAGAAAUGUUGAAUAUAUCUUUUAAUGAAUUAUUAUCUAAGGCCAUAAGAAUACCAUUAUCACUUUUUGAGCCUGAUAAGCCUUCAUCAGCAGUUAUUGUGUCGCUUGUUCAUAGUUUUUUUUGAUUUUUUUUUUGGAAGACGUUAUUUAUUUUUUACAAAUUUUAUGUUCUUUGAAAUGUUUUGAAUGAAAUUUUGAAUGAAAUUUUGAGAAAUGUUUUGAAUGAAAUAAUACAUACAUACAAACUUUAGUAUUUCUAAUGUUUUCAUCUGCAUAUAUUUAAAAAAUAAUACUUCAAUUUUAAUAAUAUUUUGGUUUUAAUUGCAGGAUAUUUCUAGUUACUAUGCUACUAUGCUUUAUGCUACUUGUAAGUUUAAAGAAAGUGAUAACAAUGACUGACGUUAGUUAUUCAAAUAGUGAACAACCAGCACUGCACCCGGAACAGGACCCAUAAUAAAAACUUUGACACCAUUGUUUCCAGCUUGCAUUGUUUUCAGUUUGUAUCAUUGUUUUCACCUUGCGUUAUUGUUAUCAGUUUGUAUUAUUUUCA